UUUUCAUGUCGACAAGUUUAAUUUUGAGUUUAAAAAAAAAACAAUUCUAUUUGAUCUUUUAGUUGUUAUGUAAUAUCAAACUGGAAGGCAGAAUAGGAAAAUCAUGUACUAUUGAGAUCUUGAUGAAAACGUAAAUAUUAUAUUUAAUAUGUUGAUGAAAAUGGUGUUUAAUUUCUUAUUAAACACACAUAUUCUAAGAGGCCCUCUUGGCCACUUACUGGAGAUGUUUCUUGACUGACUUGAGUUCAGCUUUGUUUUGUCUACAGUCAAACCUCUUGACAAUGGCCGCCUUGGGAACAAUGGAAAGUGACCAUUUUAGAGUCGGUGGCUGUUAUGGGGAGGCUGAAAACCUUUGCGGAGGGCGGAGACCAUUAUAUCGUAUUUGCGAUAAAGGAACCCUCGGAUGAGAGUUAUCCAUACCUUUGGAAAGCAACUACAAGAAUCAUUUGCUACAAGGUUAGAACAUAUGGUGGAAAUGUUGAGAGUGAACGGGUUAUGGACGUCAGACAGUUUUGCAAAUUAUAUCGCAACAUCACCAGGCAACUGAGGCACACUCGUAGUGUAACAGAUGAGGACUGGGAGAAAGUAGAUUGUGAAGGCGAGACUUGUGUGUCUUGUCCAGUGAAGCUAGAGGAAGUCAGAGAAUCUCUCUGUGCAUCAAUGAUUUUUACAAGGGUCGACGAGGCAGCAGCAGAUAAAGGUCCAAAUGAAGAGUGCUGUAUAUGUAUGGAUCAGAAGGCAGAAGUGAUCUUGGCUUGUGUCCAUUGUUUCUGUAAAACUUGCAUUGACAGAUGGAGUGAUGUCAAUAACACUUGUCCAAUAUGUCGAAAUGAGAUUCAUGGAAAUAAAGAUUACUGGGAAGUGCCAGAAGCUCCAAGCAAGGGAGAGAUUGAACAGUUUGUAAUGGGACUGGCUGAAGGAGCCGGGGCCCCUACGUGAUAUUAUUCAGCCUGGCUACUAUAUAGGGUUUCUUUUAGAACUAUAAUUUUAUUAUGUACAUGUAUGUAGUAGGUUAGAACAUUGGUAACAUUCUAUGCGGAUGCCGAUGUUAUGUGUAGAUAUCUACGAAGAAAACUUCCAUAGGGGAGACUUCCACAUGAAACUGAUUUGUAUGCUCAUACAGUAGGAGAUUUUGAAAAACAACUCUAGACAUACCAGAAUAUUUUCCUGGGAGCAUGGCUCAUGCUUAUUGUUACCUUUAAGAGGUAUCGUAGAGACCCAAUUUUGUGCAAAUUAAUAGUGAAGUGGCACUGGCUGGCCAACAGCAACAUCAGUAUCACUUCUUGACAACUACUUUGACAACUUGUACUAACUGUCAAAAUUUGAAAUCAAACACUGAUCAUGACAAAUUUUGUACCAGAAUUUAUUUUUCAACUCCUAAAAGCUAUGGCAAGCAUCGAUCCCUGUCAGUUUCGUACAGAGUCCCAGCCUCCUUCAGAACAACUACAGCUGUUUUAUGGUUAUUGAGGCAUUUGUCAUUAUGCCCACAGAUAGCUUGCAGCAUCAGUUUUAGAUAAUAAUAAUAAUAAUAAUAAUAAUAAUAAUAAUAAUAAUAAUNAACUAA